CGCAUUAUUCUUUCGUUAUUCUCGCUACUCUCUUUAACCGAAAAAAGGCCCCCUUGCACGCACAGACUCAAGUUCCAAACCAGCACACCAUUUGGCCUCUCUCUGUCUCUCACAACAGCCCUAAACGCUCUCAGCAGUUUUCGCCAUGAAGGGAAAAAGAUCAAGAGCUCAUGAGAACGACAGGGAUACGAAGCUGAAGAGCAGAGGCGCUGGAGCGGGAAAGCGGAAGGCAAAGGCUGCUAAGGAUCCGAAUAAGCCGAAGAGACCUCCUAGUGCUUUCUUCGUUUUCAUGGAGGAGUUUAGGCAGCUAUUCAAAAGAGAAAAUCCUAACAACAAGUCUGUGGCUGCUGUUGGCAAAGCUGCUGGAGAGAAAUGGAAGUCUAUGAGUGACGCUGAGAAAGCUCCAUAUGUAGCUAGAGCUGAGUCAAGAAAGAAUGAUUACAGCAACAGCAUGAAAGCUUACAACAAGAAAUUGGCGGAGGGAGACAAUGGAGUUGAGGAGAAUGAAUCCGACAAGUCAAAGUCUGAAGUGAAAGAUGAGGAUGAAGAUGGCACUGAACAGGAGGAUGAACAUGAUGAUUAGAGAAAGGCAGAGGAAGAUCAAUGUGGGACUUGUGUAGUUUUGUAGAAUUGCUGAUAACAUGAUAACCCCUAAUUAGUGCUUUAGAUUAGAUUGAUUGAAAUAGCUACAAAGGAAGAACAGAGAAAGGACUUGUUCCUGUUCAACCUUUCAGGAAUUUAGAGAGCACAUAUGGUUAUCUACUUAAUUUGUUAAUUCUCAAUGAUCUAGUUUCAGUCUUUCAUUACA